AAAAAAAAAAAACACCUCUCACUCCACUCCCUACGCGGUUUCAUUAUAAAUAAAAACAAACGCAGCAACAGAUGUAUGCAGUUUCCACCUUUCUGUUGAUUUUGUUAUCUUACAAGCUGGCCAAGUUUCCAAGGAAUUUAAGUACAUAUCAGACUGCAUUUCCAGAAAUAUCAUGGCACAGAACAAACAUUCCUCUCUAUAUAAAAUGCUUCAGAAAGCAGCAGUUUGGUGAAGCUACAAAACUAACCAAGUGACGUUUCGGAGGAUCUCUGACUUCUGCUGGUUUUCCCGUGUAAUUCCUCUCUGCUAACCCAUCUGCGCCAGUUAUUACAACUUAGUUACAGAAGAAAACACUGUAAGUAGUAAUCUCUUUUUGUCCUUUUGCAUGAAACAAAUGUGUUUUCUUUACACAUUCAUUUUUAGAAAUAAUUUCAAGUCAUACAAGUCAGGAGAAAUAUUUUCACCGAAUUGGGAAUCAAUUAAAUACAGAGAUUAUAAAAUGAGUUUAAUUUUUCAAUCUGUUUUCAGGUUUGACACACUGCCUAAUGAAGAAAAUCAUGUUUCUCAGAGGUACUCUGCUGGGAAUUCUCCUUUUCAGCAUCCUCUGGACAGAAACUGCUUUGGCUGGCUCUAGUUUUUUAAGCCCUGAAUUUAAAAAAAUACAGCAACAAAAUGAUCCAACAAAAACAACGGCAAAAAUACAUCGUCGAGGCACAGAAAGCUUUUGGGAUACCGAUAAAACAGGGGCAGGAGAUGACAACAACAGUAUUGAACUCAAGUUUAACGUUCCCUUUGAAAUUGGUGUCAAGGUAACAGAAGAGGAGUAUCAAGAAUAUGGACAAACAUUGGAGAAGAUGCUACAGGACAUUCUUGAAGAAAAUGCUAAAGAAACUCCAGUGAAAAACUGAGGCAAGCUGAAGGACAACCACAGCACUUGAUGAGCUGAUUUAAGUUUUACUUUAAAAUGAAAUUAUUACUGAUUUCACAGCUUUUAAGAAGAAGGAAGUACAUGAACCUGAGUAGUUUGCCCCGACAAAGAGACAUCAUACAGAUGAACUUUUAAGUAAAAAUACAAGAUCUACAACCGAAAAUAGUACAGGACAAUGUUAAUCACAGGCAGACGUGUAGCCUUAUUUUCUCUUUUCCUUAGUAACUACUGUGAUUAUUCUAAAGGACAUGCUUGAAAGCUAUAUGAAACUCUUCUAGAACUGAUGGAAACAACUUCUUACGCUUCUGUACACAUCUAUAAUAGAAAAUAAAGCUAAUGCUGAAACUGCAA